AUGACAACCACGAAUGUAAUGGUUGCUACCAAUACUACUUCCCAAUCCUCUGACCAGGUGAAUAUAACAUGGGACGACGCUACCUGGAUACUGACCAGCUCCUUCAUCAUAUUCACCAUGCAGUCGGGUUUUGGUUUACUAGAAGCUGGAGCUGUGACUAAUAAAAACGAGGUAAACAUCAUGGUUAAAAACGCAGCUGACGUCAUCUUUGGUGGUUUGACGUAUUGGGCGUUUGGGUUCGGCCUCAGUUUCGGACAGGAUCAAGGUGCAAACUUGUUUUGCGGUGUGGGGCACUUUUUUGUCGACGCAGAUGAGGAUCAAAUGGGAGUGGUGUUUUCAACGUUUGUGUUCCAGCUUUCCUUCGCCACCACCGCUACAACUAUUGUGUCUGGUGCAAUGGCGGAGCGAACUAAACUGUCGUCAUAUAUCAUCUUCAGUUGCGUCAAUACUGUGGUGUACUGUAUACCAGCACACUGGAUAUGGGACAAUUUAGGUUUUUUGCGCAAACUAGGUGUAAUAGACAUUGCUGGUUCCGGCGGUGUACAUUUAAUCGGAGGUAGUUCCGCGUUUGUGGCAGCAGCUUUGCUCAAACCAAGGUCAGGACGAUAUGACCAUGGACCAGACUCUUUACCCAUGGGGAAUCCCGUCAACUCCCUCCUGGGAACUUUCAUGUUAUGGUGGGGCUGGCUGGGGUUUAACUGCGGGAGUACAUUUGGUAUAUCUGGAGGGAAGUGGAAACUGGCUGCCAAAUCCGCCAUUGUAACGUUGUUAGGGUCUAUUGGAGGAGGUGUAAUAGGUAUUACGAUCAGUUACUUGACAAAGAAACGGAAAUUUGAGAUCGAAUACAUCGUAAACAGUAUUCUUGGAGGUCUCGUGGCAAUAACAGCAUCCUGCGCAAUCAUCAGACCGUGGGAAGCCCUUUUAGCAGGAGCUAUUGGGGGACUCAUCGGCAUUUACGCCCCCAAAUUCUUCAACUGGAUGCGAGUGGAUGACCCAGUGGGUGCCAUAUCUGUCCAUGGUGUCGCUGGAGUAUGGGGUUUGUUGGUAGUAGGUCUUUUCACGGAGAAAGAUAACUUGGAGAACCUGACGCUAGGACGCAGCGGCUUGGUACAUGGGGGUGGUUUCUACCUGUUGGGCGUCCAGACACUUGCCGCUGUUGUUCUCACUAUCUGGGCAGCCCUUUGUACGCUAAUUCUUCUUGUACCUAUCAAGUUGACUAUUGGUAUACGUUUGUCGCCCCAGGAGGAAUUACUGGGAGCGGAUUAUGUAGAACAUAACAUAAAACAAAAAGAAACCAACAUCAUUUUUUCUCGGCCGACUACUGCACGUGAUAGGGCCAGCAGGACCAACCUUAACAGUGUCGUGUGUGAACAAGUAUCUCAAAGGACUAGGUCACGUGCUGUCGCAUCGGUUUCGGAUGUAAUGCCUUUCACUGACUUCCCUGACCAAACCACCAAUUCGGCCGUGGAUUCCACCACAGUCUUGUCACGUGACAACCUACCAAAACAGAAACGCCCACGGAUUCCUUGUUUCUGUUGCAAGCUGAAGAACCGAGCGUUAGUUAACAGUACUUAA